CCGCAGCUCCCGUCAGCCGCCGGCGUCGCUGACCCCACAGCCCGUGUCCCCACACCGGGAAACACCGCGAAAAAUCGUGCUGAAAAGAGCUGGGUCGCCGUGGGAGUCGGCGGUGGGGGGGCAGCUGAAACGACAGACACCUCUGUGAGGAGCGGGGGGCCUUAAUUGUACCACACCAAAGAUGGCGGCUUGGCCGGAAAUGGCUUCCGCCAGCACCAAAAGUGGUGGGGAAGGGCGGAAGUCACGUGAUGCCGCACAAAAAAUGGCGCAGUCACACGACUUGUUGACCUUCCAAAGAUGGCGGCAUCCUGCGCAUGCGCCUUGACUAGUAAAAAUGGCGUCCCGGAAGCACCGCCCCCUUCCCCUAUUCGGCUGCCUGAACUCGGUCCCCACGCCAACCCAGCGCUUUCGGCGCGAUUUGCUGCGGCGUUUCCCGGUGUGGGGACACGGGCUCUGGGGCCAGCGGCGCCGGGAGCACCAGCAAGAUGCAGCUGCUCUUUCGCAGGAGCUUUGUGGCACAAAUUCCAGUGAUGGGAAGAAUCUGGAAGAAGCUGGAUUUCACACAGUGGAGGUUGUGGCUUUUGCACCAGAGAAGGAGCUGCUGAACAUUAAAGGCAUCAGUGAAACCAAAGCUCACAAAAUCCCUGCUGAGGCAGCCAAACUGGCUCCAGGAUUUCACUACAGCACAGAAUUCCACCUGCAGUGGUCAGAAAUCAUCCAUAUCACCACUGGCUCCAAAGAGCUGGAAAAGUUGUUUCAAGGAGAAAUAGAAACAGGAUCCAUAACGUUAUUUGGGGAAUUCCAUAGUGGGAAGACACAGCAGUGUCCCAGCCUGGCAGUCACUGGUCAGCUCCCCAUAGACUGUGGGGGCAGUGAGGGAAAAGCCACAUCCAUGGACACAGAGGGGACCUUCCAUCCAGAGCAGCUCCUGGCCAUGGCUGAAAGGAAAGGCCUCUGGCAUCAAUGCCCUGGACAAGGUGGCCUCUGCCGGGGCUUUACCAGCGACCGCCAGGCCCAGCUGCUGGGUCAGGCUGGAGACUGAAAACUCCUUUUCUCCCCCUGGAUCUCCAGUCCGUGUCCUGGAGAGGCUCCUUUCCUGCUGGCACCGCAGGAACGCUCCCAAGGCAGCGGGCAGAGGGACCCGUGCGGCUCAGCGUGGGAACCGCCGGGACGCGCCGAGCGCAGCCGGAGCUGUGGGAAGAGAUCUCCCUCUGGGCUGCAGGCACAGGGCAGGGCCGGGAGCUUCCUGGGCAGCGUUCCCACAGCAUUUCCCUGCCAGUCUCCCUGGAUCCCGCCCUGGACACGGUGCAGACAAUCUCGGUGGCCACAGCUGGGAGCUCGGUGAAUUGGAAGCAAAGCUGAAGGGUUUGUCCACCAAGAGAGGUGGUGAUCUAUAGAGCAAAGCAGAGUGGUAUUCCACAUGGGGAAUUUGGGAUUUGGGAUGGUCCCAAUCCGUACUCCAUAAUCUUUCUGUUCAUUUUCUUUUGGAUGCUGCAGCCUGAUGGGCUGGGGAGCUGCUCCUUUCAGUUUCCAUUUAAUUUUCUGUAUUUAAUUAAUUCUCUGUGGAAAUCUGCUUUUAAUAAAAAGGCCCAGGAGGAUAUUGAUGACAUCCCGCAGGUGUGUCCAGACCAAGGGUUGUUCUGGCUGGCAGAAGCUGCACCAAUCUCCCAGGAAUCUCAGUCUGGAUUUUCUUUUCUCCCAGUUCUCCCAAUCCUCACUUUGGGGGUGCAGUGCAGCCCUGCCCUGUGUAUCUCCUAGAAGAGUUUUGGGGUUAAAAGUGUUCUUUUAUAUUCUGCAGUAUUUAUAAUUUGAUUAAAAAUAAUAAAACCGUAUCAAUGUG